AUGACCCUCACCCAGCAGCAAGCUAUCCAUUUGGUUCAGAGCGUUGCCGACGACCAUGGCCAUCUCGAUGAGAAAACACUCGCUACAAUGAACGCGGGCACCCGCUUGAAGGUUGAGAGAGCUUUGCUGGCAAAAGACCAACUUAUUGAACUGUACUCCAAGGAUGUUCGUUUCAUCUUUGAACUGCUUCAGAACGCUGACGACAAUCACUUCAACCAUGCGAAAUCCAGCGGGCAAGAACCGUAUGUCGCUUUCCUUAUUUAUCACGAUAGAAUCGUCAUCGACUGUAACGAAGAUGGCUUCACCGAAGAAAACCUACGGGCCAUCUGUAGUGUCGGUAAGAGCUCGAAGCAUGGCGCUCAAGGAUACAUUGGUGAGAAGGGAAUCGGAUUCAAGUCCGUCUUCAAGGUUGCUUGGAAAGUUCAUGUUCAGUCGGGACCCUUUUCCUUUUGUUUUAUCCACAGACCAGGUGACUCCGGUAUGGGCAUGAUUUCACCGGAGUGGCAUCAAUCCGAGGACUCGACGAGGCCUCCUACCGGCAUCACCAGAAUGACCUUCACCCUGCACAACAACCUUGAUCAGAAGCUACAGGCAGCCCAACGUCAAAGCAUCGUGAACGAGUUCAAAGACCUCCAGCCAGCCAUGCUGCUGUUCCUAAAGAAGUUGAGACGCAUAGAAGUACAUCUCUUCGAUGUCGAGGGAACCAAGGAGAGUCAUUCUGCAAUGUCUCUGUCUGCGCCAGUCGAUAUAUCGAAUCGAGCCGUCCUCACAACCACAAAGACAACUCACAAUUCUGAGCCCAAGACGUUCAGUCAUCACUACCAUGUCACAAAGCUAUGGGCAACGGGCCUUGCCAGGAACGAGAACCGCAAAUAUUCACCAGCAGAGGAGUCCUCGAAAGCUUACUCUCGGACAAAAGUCGUCCUUGCGUUCCCUUUGACUGACCAGUCCGUACCCAUCAUCGAGCCUCAGGAUAUUUUUGCUUUUCUACCGAUCCGCAAGAUUGGGUUCAAUGUCAGUCCCCCACAGCUGAGCAGGCUCCCAAGUCGAUAA